AUGCUCUCAAAUACUAUUUCGUUGGUGACUGGAGCGGGCAGUGGCAUUGGAAAAAGAGUGGCACAGUUAUUUGCUGUCGAAGGAAGUCGAGUUUGUGGCGUAGAUGUUAAACCAUUCGAUUCAUCAUGUGAACAUUCAUUUGUAAGUGAUAUAAGUCAACGUCAAUCUGUUAUAAAAUUAGCAGAUGAAAUUUUUUCUCGUAUUCAAUCAUAUCCAACAAUAGUUGUUAAUGCAGCUGGUAUAACACGAGAUUCAUUAUUAUUAAAAAUGCGUGAUGAAGAUUUUGAUGAUGUUAUUCGUGUUAAUUUAAAAGGAACAUUUCUUAUAAAUCAAAUUUUUUGUCAACGUUUAUUAGCAGAAAAACCUACGGAUUUAAAAGCAAGUAUUAUAAACAUAUCAAGUAUCGUUGCAAAAUAUGGUAAUGUUGGUCAAUGUAAUUAUACAGCAUCAAAAGCAGGUGUUGAAUCAAUGACAAAAUCUAUGGCUAAAGAAUUAGGACGUAUUGGUAUUCGUGUUAAUGCAAUUUUACCAGGCUUUAUUCAAACAGCAAUGACUGAUAAAAUACCUGAUAAAGUUAAAGAAAAAAUUUUAAUUAAUAUUCCAAUGAGUCGUAUGGGUACAGUGGAUGAAAUAGCUCAAGUUUGUCUAUUUCUGGCUUCAAAUAAAAUGAGUAGUUAUGUUAAUGGUGCAAGUAUUGAUGUUACUGGAGGACUUUGA